AUGGUGUCGAAAUCAGUCUUGUUCUGCUUCUUCGCAGCGUUCGGAGGAUGGGUGUUCGGAUACGACAUCGGAUACAUCUCGGGAUGCCUGAUCAUGCCCGACUUUGUCAAGCAGUUCGGCCAGUGGAACGGCACAGAUGCCGGCACGUUCUUCGGUGCACUCCUCCAGACUCUUACUAGCGACAGUCUCGGGCGCAAGUACUCUAUCAUGUUUUGGUCUGUGAUGGCUAAGAUCGGCGUGUGUAGUGCAGGUGUCAAUCUCAUGGCGCGGGGUGUUGACCUCCACUGGGUGGGGGACCUCCACCUCACUCGUCCGCCCUCUCUGUGGGCGUGGCGUCUUCUCAAUCUUCUGCCAAGCGUCCAAACUGACUCCCAGUUCACUGUCGGCACUGUCAUUCAGCUCGCCUCCUUCGGCCUCGCGCAGAUCACCGUCGGCCGCUUCGUUUCUGGGCUCGGUGUCGGUGCGCUCUCGGCCAUUGUCCCUCUGUACAUCGGUGAGGCAGCCCCGAAGAAGAUCCGCGGCUCCCUCCUCGUCCUCUACCAGGUCCAGAUCAUCUCCGGCCUCUUCCUCGCCUACAUCAUCGACCUGGCGACGCACAAGAUCCCCAACUCGGCCUCGUGGCGUAUUCCCAUCGGCCUGCAGAUCAUCUGGGGCGUGCUUCUCAUCCUCGGCGCCUGGGCUCUUCCUGAGUCGCCCCGACUCCUUCUCGGCAAGGGUAAGGAGGAGCAGGCCCUGAGGUCGAUCGCGGCCCUGAAUGAUUGCACUAUCGACGACCCCAAGGCCCAGGAGAUGCUGGUCGAGCUCGAGGAAGCCGUCGCUGUUGAAAACGCCGAGGGCAAGGGCUCCUGGCUCGAGCUCUUCUCUCUCAAGGGCCACAUGUGGAAGCGCACGCUCAACGGCAUGAUGAUUCAGUUCCUUCAACAGCUUAACGGCCAGAAUUUCUAUUACGGCCCCGUGUUCUUCCAAGCGGCUAAGAUUGAGAGCCUGAACUCGUACACGAUCCAGGUCAUCAUGGGCGCCGUCUCGUUUGUGAUGGUCAUGCCGGCUCUGUGGACGAUUGAGCACGUCGGCCGCCGCCGUUCGCUCAUCACCGGUGCCGCCUUCAUGUUCUGCUCGCAAGCUCGGAGGCAACAUAUGAUCGCUUUCGCCAUCCUGCACGUCUCGGCGUUCUCGCUCUUCUGGGGUCCCGCUCCCUGGGUCAUCCUCGGCGAGACGUUCCCGCUCCGCGUUCGUCCCAAAGGAAUCGCCAUCGGCUCGGCGACUAACUGGUUCUGGAACUUCAUGCUCGGCUACUUCAGCCCUCUUAUCGCGGACGACAUCGGUCCUCUGAUCCUGCUCAUCUUCGCCGGUGUCCUCCUCGUCGCCGUGUUCUACGUCUACUUCAUGAUCCCCGAGACCCGCCGUCUCACCCUCGAGGAGGUCGACGAGAUGUACCGCUCGGGCACGCCGGCCUGGCGUACGAACAACUGGCAGCCGACCGUGCGCGAGCAUCUCCCCAUCGACGACAAGGAGAUGGUCCACCAGGAGCACGUCCGCGCCGCCGCUGUCCUCACCAAGUAA